AGCAGUCCUGGCAGACAAGGACAGCUGAGCAUACCCUGCCUGUGUUCCCAGCAGCUGCAGCACAUGGCACAUCGCCUGCAGAACCAGCACAUGGCACUGUAACCAGCUCCCAUCCCCAGCUCUCUGCUCCUACCACCCAGCUCCCUGGUUGUAUCAGCAGCAGCACAUGGCACCAUUAAGCAGCCACAGUGUGGGAGCUUCCUGUCCAGGGUUGUGUUUCUCAGCAGCUUCCAGCUAGAAUGUCAUAUUCCUAGAGAGCUCCAGCCUGCUGCUAUCUGUGCCCCCUCUUCUCCAACAUGAUGUCUCAUGGAGUGGUGGAUGCGUGUGUCCAGGAUGUGCAGAAGAGGAGGAACCCCUCCAAACAUUAUGUUUAUAUCAUAAAGGUAACCUGGUUGGAUUCUACACAACAGGUCAUCUACCGAAGAUACAGCAAGUUCUUUGACCUUCAGAUGCAAGUUUUGGAUAAGUUUCCUAUUGAAGCAGGACAGAAAGAUCCAAAGCAAAGAAUAAUACCAUUUCUCCCAGGAAAAAUAUUGUUCCGGAGGAGCCAUAUUCGUGAUGUAGCUGUGAAAAGACUUAAGCCCAUUGAUGAGUAUUGCAGGGCUUUAGUUAAAUUACCGACACAUAUAUCACGAUGUGAAGAGGUCUUAAGGUUCUUUGAAGCCCGACCUGAAGAUCUGGAUCCACCAAAAGAGGAUUAUGGCUCUUCAAAGCGCAAAUCAGGUGCUGAUGCCAACUCUGAGUCCAUGAUCCUGGAACAAUACGUUGUGGUGUCCAACUACGAGAAGCAAGAAAACUCUGAGAUCAGUCUGAAAACGGGGGAGCUCGUGGACGUCAUAGAGAAAAAUGAAAGCGGCUGGUGGUUUGUAAGCACGGCAGAGGAGCAAGGUUGGGUUCCUGCCACUUACUUGGAUUGUCAGAGUGGUACCAAAGAUGAUUCUGAAAUCAACAACUCGAAAUCUGGAGAUGUAACUAAGAGGCGCAAGGCUCAUCUACGGCGCUUGGACCGGCGUUGGACGCUGGGCGGCAUAGUCAACAGGCAACAAAGCCGAGAAGAAAAAUAUGUCACCACACAAUCCUACACUAGCAAAUCAAAAGAUGAAAUUGGAUUUGAGAAAGGCGUCACCGUGGAGGUCAUCCAAAAGAACCUGGAGGGCUGGUGGUACAUAAGGUACCAAGGUAUAGAAGGCUGGGCUCCUGCAUCAUAUUUAAAGAAGGCUAAAGAUGACCUACCAUGUCGAAAGAAAAAUAUUGCCGGGCCUGUGGAGAUUAUAGGGAAUAUCAUGGAAAUUAGUAAUCUCCUCAACAAGAAAUCCAACGAAAAGGAGGCUCAGGCAGGGAAUGAAGCUGAAGAGCCUCAUAUCAGCAAGAAAGAGAUUAGUCUGCCAAUCCUCUGCAAUGACUCUAAUGGCAACUCAAUGGUGACAUCUGAGAAACCAACACCCAGAGCCACCCCGGGGUCUCCGGCAGUAGCAAGAAUAGCUCCCCAGAGAUCUGAAAUAAGCUCUCCAAACCUUAGAAUGAAGCCACCACCCCGGAGAGAAUCUAGUCUGGGAUUUCAGUUGCCAAAACCUCCGGAGCCUCCAUCAGUUGAAGUGGAGUAUUACACAAUUGCAGAGUUCCAGUCUUGCAUAUCUGACGGGAUAAGUUUUCGAGGAGGUCAAAAGGCUGAUGUCAUUGAAAAGAAUUCUGGUGGAUGGUGGUAUGUCCAGAUUGGAGAAAAGGAAGGAUGGGCCCCAUGUUCAUAUAUUGAUAAAAGAAAGAAACCAAACCUAAACCGUAGGACAAGCACAUUAACAAGACCAAAGGUCCCCCCACCUGCACCACCUACAAAACCUAAAGAUGCAGAAGAAGUGUCAGCCACUCGUCAUAGCUGCGCUAUGGACUCCAAAGAUUCACCAGUAAAUCAAAUAUAUGAGGAGCCAGAAUAUGAUGUCCCAGCUUUUGGCUGUGAUCCAGAAUCUGAUGCACAUUACUCCAUUUCUCAGAGCAAUUUUGCUGAUGAAAUUGUAGAAAGUAUGUUCCAGCCUUCCAAACCUUCUCCUGUUUCUACUCUCCAAAGAGCAAAAUUUCAAGUGGGAGAAUCCUGUGAAAAUGUCAGCAAUGAAGAAGAGACUAUCUAUGAAAAUGAUGGUUUCAGACCAUAUGUGGAUGACACAGCAUCAAACAAAGAGUCAAGCGGAGAUUCUGAUUCACUGAAGAGUUCAUCAUUGGUGCCAAGAAACUCUCCAUCUGGAACCCUUUCUAAACCACCACUUUUAAAAAAUAAAUCAGAAAGAAAUGUCCAGCAGGAAACCACUAAAAAUGUUUCCUUCUCAACGAAUGAACAGAAAAAACCCAGGUCUGUAUCUGAUGUUGGUUUGCGAUCCGUGCCAAAGGUUGGAGCAAAGAAGGAUUCUGAGCAAAAACCUGGAGUCAUUCCUUCAACCAAAGCAAAGCCAUCAGUUAGACCAAAACCCUUCAUUAAUAAAACUGAUGGUCAAAGCCAGGAAAAAAUGGACAUUAGCACUUUGCGAAGACAACUAAGGCCAACGGGACAGCUUCGAAGUGGACUUAAAGGUUCUAAAAGUGAAGAAUCAGAAAAUCUUCCGAAGAGUGCAUCAGAGGAUAUUGAAAGUCCACCAAGAAGAAGCUCCGUGGAUAAUCCUUCAAGUUCUUCACAAUCAUUUAUAUGUCCAAGUGAUAAAGACAAAUCUGAGGAUAGUAAUGAGAAAAUAUUUUGUACUGCCACAAGCACCUAUCAAAAAGUUCUGGAUACGGAAAUAAGCUUUCCAGCAGGAGCAAAAGUAGAAGUCUUGGAGAAACUCGAAAGUGGUUGGUGGUAUAUAAGAUACAAAGAUUCAGAAGGUUGGGCACCAUCACAUUACUUAGACCAAGUAGAUAAUAAGCAAUGGGAAACCUCAGCACCUGAGCCUGAAUCUAUGAAAUGUAAAAAGAAUGAAAAUAAAUCAAACAGCCUGGAAAAGAUAGAAAAAAGAGUGCAAGCAUUAAAUACUAUUAACCAAAGCAAAAGAACAACACCUCCAGUUCCCUCAAGGCCGCCUGUAGGAUUCUUGAAACCUACAGGGCAAAGUAGUAACGUUGUAAAGUUAAGAAAUGGAAUAAAACAAAUUGCGGUAAGACCCCAGUCUGUAUUCGUUUCCCCACCACCCAAGGAAAACAACAUUGCUUGUCAUCUGCGUAGAAAUGAAUCGCUGUCUGCUACAGAUAAUAUGAGGUCUGUUCGAAGAAAUUCUUCCUUUAACACCGUCCGCUCUCAGGUAAAUGAGUCAAAAUUCAAACCUACUGAUAAAACAGAAGCGGAUACAACUCAGAUGGAAACAUCUUUAAGAUCUCCUCAAAGAAAUGGGAUCCCAGUGUCUACUGUUCGACCAAAACCCAUUGAAAAGUCCCAGUUUAUCCACAACAACCUUAAAGAUAUAUACGUCUCUAUUGCUGACUAUGAUGGAGAUGAUGAAACUGUUGGAUUUCAAGAAGGGGUUUCUAUGGAAGUGUUGGAGAAAAACUCUAAUGGCUGGUGGUAUUGCCAUAUUCUUGACAGCGCGAAACCAUUUAAAGGAUGGGUGCCUUCAAAUUAUUUAGAGAAAAAGAACUGAGAUAAAAAUAUGACAUAGACACCCUUGAGAUAUUUUCUUAAUUUAAAGAUUAGACUGAGCGUCCCUCUACUUGGAAAGCCAGCAAUAUGAUCCUCCAAGUGGGGGAGACGCAAUCUUCCUGUUUCUAUAAAACAGGUAUUAAAGAAGAAAUUAUCCCUGUGAAAAAAAUGUUUGGAAAUAACACAGGGCAUUAUAUUAUGAUCAAACAGUUAAAAAUGAAAACCACAUUUGUGUGCCUUCACUUCAUUAUCUGGAACACGAGAAAUGUCCCCUAAAAAUCCAGGGAACUCCUAUUGGCACGAUCUGCAGAAUGCUAUGUCUGGGCUGCUGCUCCCUGAGGUCUUGUCUGUUUGCCAACAAGAAUAGACACUUAUUUAGUGUCUGAAAAAAAAUGUGUAACUCAAACAAGGAAUGCUAGACGUUGUAAUUAAUCGUUUCUAUCUGGUUUUUGACUUUAUAGCCCAUGUUCUAAUUUGUGUCCAAUUUUGCCUUUUGCAUGUUUAUCUGUGUAUGUUCAAAUUCGUAAAAUUGUGUAGAAAACCGAACCCUAGUUUUUUUUUAUUUUUUUUUUUUACUUUCUAUUCAUUGACUAUUUAUAUAGCCGUUAGAUUUUCUCCUCUUAAGUUUCAAUACAUUCAGUGAAAUGGAAUAGUAUUUGGUGUGCAAGAUUCACAGUGAAUGCUUUAUAUGGAUCCAAGUACGCAAUCCACAAAAGCAAAAAUAAUCUGCAAGGCUAAAAGGGUCCUAUGCCUAGUUUAAAUAAAAAAAAAAAAAGGUUAACUGCACUGAGUGUUGUAUCUACAACCUUGUGGGUGAGAUGUAUGUGAACAUCCAUAGCCGUAGUUAAUGAGACCAACACUCCAAUGCCAAUUUUAAUACAAUGUAUAUUAUUUAAAGGGAUUGUUAUAAAAAUAUAAAAACAGCACCACACCUGCCCAUCAACUAUAUCUGGUACUGCAACUUAUCCUUAUUGAAGUGAGUGGGACUGUACUGCAAUAACACAUACAACCCAAGGACAGAUGUGGCGUUGUUUCUGGGGGGGAAAAAAACAAAACCUGAUUUUUUUUUUUUCUAAUCCUAAAAAAACCUUUAAUGUACUGGAUAUGGUCUGUUCAUUUAGGCCUAUUUACAAGAAGGUAUAGAGCCCUUUUAAAUAACCACUAAACUUAAAAUAUAAAUGAUUUUUACACCUUUGAGGCAUUUUUUUUAAAUAUUGCAUUGUACUUAUUUUUUAACUUUUUAGCCUUUUUCCAAUUGGUCUUUGUUAAAAAAAUUAAAUAAAAAAUUAUUGCUGUUUGUCCACUUCUGACUCUGCAGACUGUUCUUUCUGUUUCUCACAGGGAGCAGCUCUGAGUCAGUGAAAUUUGAGUGUUACAGAGAAGUGAAGUUUGAAUUAUAUUUUUUUUAAGCCCAAUUCAAAAAUUUGUUUUAGCCCUAAAUGAGCACAAUGCAGUAAUAAAUAAAUUCCCUGAAAUUGCCCAUGGCCUUUAAAGUAAGGCUUCUUUCACAGUAACUUUAUUCGUUUCAACAGGCUGUUCUGGCAGAGAACAACCUACCAGAGCUCUCUGGAUCCGGCAUUGCCGUGUGUUACCGCAAUGCCCGCUGACCCCAUUGACUAUAAUGGGAACUAGCGGAGAUAUGGCUAAUGUCCGGAUUCAGCCGGACAAAAACCUCUGCCUGAACUAAUAACGCUAGUGUAAAACAAGCCUAAUGGUUGAUAUUGUACAUAUGUUAAAUGAUGGGUAUGGGAUUGAAUGUCAAGAUUCGGCAAGAUAUGUUCUUUAAUAAUCCUAUUGAAAGAUAUUGCAGCCAGCCACUUUUGCAUUUCAAGUUCUUGGAAACUAUUGGAACUUUGAAUGUAAUGAGUCCUUUUUGUGACAUGAUGUGUAGCUUGAGCUUAGUGGCCCUUUUAAGUGAGAUAUAUAUUGUUGUGCUUCUUUUGGCAUGUAGAUAAUCUAUAUACACUAAUGUGCCAUGUUGUGAGCACUAGUUGAAAAUGUAUUGAUCUGCAGUGAUUCGCCCUUUGGCCUCAGACGCAUUGUUUACAUAACAACCGAUUCACACUCUGCAGUUUUACCGUUGUAUAUAUUGUCUUUUUAUAAUAAUUAUUUUUAAAGUAGUUUUUUUUUUAUUAUUAUAUUAUAAUCGGUUACACGUGACUGAAACAUGGUAAGAAAAAACAAAACAAAAGCAGAACAAUGCAAGGAAUAUACAUAGAUGGGAGAUUUGUGGAUGGCGGGCAACCUGUGUAUUAUUGUCAACAUUCCAUAAGUAAUAGGACACUCCCAUCUAGUACCUCCUAUUGUGGCAUUAUAGGAAUGCCCACCAUGAGGAGGAGGAGCAAUUGGCUGUGCCAGUGAUGGAGAACAUCCCCUCAAAACCUCUCUGACACCAUACCCCAGAGACAACUAGCCAAUUUUAGCAUGCACUUGAAAGUAAAUACUUAAUUGCAGAUAUAUUAUGGGUUCUAAUAUUGUAUUUGUGUGUACUGUACCCCUUAGUGGGUUUCUGGCCUUUUGUAAACCCGUUUUUUUUGGUGACCAGAUCAGCAGCCUACCCUGUCAUAUACUGUAUGCCAUGCAUAGUAAUGCAGUGUCUGUACUACCUGUACUACUCUUGUGUUUUACUACAAGUGCUACUUCAAUAGAGGUCUCUAAUGUAGUAAACAUAUAAAAUAAUUGAACAACACAGAAACCUUGUAAUCAAUUUUUGUAAGAUUUGUAGCCAUAUGAAACAUUAGUUUAUAAAGGAAAAUAUAUUUAAUUAUAUUGGUAACUCGGAUAAAUAGCAGCCCAGAGAAGGUAUUGUACCUUUAAUUUAAAGGGGAGUUCCAUGUGAGUUAUACAUGGAAAUUAAAGUGAGUUUCCACCUGCAUUUUUCUGAUUGAAUAUCAUGUAACAUGGAAACUGUCCACUACCAUUUUAUAUACUUUUUUUUUUUUUUUUUUUGGACAAAUAAAAACCUUUCCUCAGAGACACUUUUGAUAUGUGAGGUCUACUGGGUUCUACCUAAUGUUUUGGUUACAGUUACAAAUUCCUGGAGGAGGUGUUCUCCCCUUAAUAUCCUGAAUACUUUCAGCUAGGUAAAAAACAAACAAAACAAGGCCUCAUUUACAUGUCCGUGUUCGUGAUGACAUCAGUGACAAGAUGGUCAGUGGUUCAUCCUUGAAGAUGUCCGUGAAGAAUCCAUGUUUGGUCUGUGUGUCUUCCGUAUUCCAUGGCUAAAAAUUAAGUUCCAGAGCAUCUCCUAGCAAUGAUCUGUGAAAACCACGGGCCAAACAUGGACGGCGUCCAUGUUGAGUUAGUGGUUAUUAUUGACCUAUAGACUUUAAUGCGCAUGAGGGAUCCGUACUCACGGACACAUGGUGUCACCAGGCCCCCCCGGUUCGUGGAAAACCACUGAUGUGUGAAUACACAAUCAGUGGAUACGACACGUCUAUGAUUCACUGACGUGUAAAAGAGGCCUAAGGUGUCAUCUGUCUUUGUACAUAACCUGCCUAACUGGUGUUACGAAUGUGAGGCUUUUAUUUUAAUUUUUUUUUGUAGAAGCUCUAUAUAGUUCUGCUGGACAGUAUUACAUAGAAUAUACAUAGAUUACCUGCUUGACUGCAGUACUAAUAAUAGCAAUGAUUUUAGUGAUUAUUAAUAUUAUAACAAUGAUUAUUUUUUAUCAAUAAGGAUAAAGAAGUGGUUCAUUAUUGGAAACAGAUGCACUUUAACAGUAACGUGAUUUACGUUUCGGUGCAUUAUGGAAAAGUGCAGGCCAUACAGAACAUACGUCAACACAUUAAUUUAUAUAUAUAUAAGAAGAGGUUAUUUAUAAUUAUUUAUAGAUAUUCACAACUGUUAAGCCAAUAUUAAUAAAGAACUAUGUGGCUUUGCAAAUUUAGUUUGAUAUUACAAGGAACCCAAAUGAUUUGUAUACAGCUUUAAAGUUUACCGGAUACAGAUGCAGCCGAGCUAAAAUUGACUCUGAUAACACGUCACAGUGUUAUCUCGUGCCAUAUUUUGACAAAAGACUUUGAAAUACAUUGAAAGAGUUACUUAACCUUUUUGUGCCUUUUUUUACUUAAUGCGUUAACCAUCAAGUUUAGCUCUGCUGCAUCUGUACCUUCUCAGAGGUGGCAGCCAUUUGCGGGCUACCUUCGUCUUGAUGUAGUUGGAAUCCCAAAGACGGGAUUAAAGCAUCCCUCCAAUCAGGAGCUCAAAAAUUCUAUUUACGUCAGUACCUACCAAGGUGGAUUACCUGCCAUUUAUUUUCCACAGAUCCUGCCCCUUGGCUGCUGUUUAUCUCCGCUCCAUUAGGACAGAGCAGUAAUCUAUGACUGCAGUUUAGCUACAAUGCCGCCACAGAGAGAGGUGGUCUGAGACAUACCCACUGCUCUUCUACAGCCUGAAUGAAUGAUGAUACGGGGGGGUGUCUUAGACUACCUUAGACUCUCUGUAGGCACUAUAGUCAAAGAUCAGAUCUUGGAUCAGAUAAUGGAGCCAAUCUAAACAGCAAAAUCCUCUGUAGGAAACGACCUAUAUAUCAUAUUUGAGCUCCUGACUGGAGGGUGGCUUUAAUUGCCAUAUAUCAAAUUAUUGUUCUCUCAAACGACUGUUCUCACUGAAUUUGCAGGCCCUUUCAACAAUAAUAGGUUACCCCUUUUUAUUUUACAGUUGCUCUGUAGAGGAGAUUGAAGCCCUAAAAUCUGUCUUUUUUUUUUACUGCAAAUUAUACUCGAAAGAGUCAAAGGUUGUACAUAGAAAUAAGCAGGCCCCAUAGCAAAUAUUAAAAUGGGCUUCCAUUAUGGUACUGGUCUUUGUUAACCAAGACAGAUGGGUCUGGUGUUAGUUUCCUCCUCCAUAUAUUCUCCAUGACUCUUGGGCCAGUUCCCUACUUCUUUGCUACCAAUGUAGAUCCCCUAGAGCAGGGAUACUCAACCGGCGGCCCUCCAGCUGUUACAAAACUACAACUCCCAGGUUGAGCAUCCCUGCCCUAGAGAGAGGCAACUUGCACAUUACCACCUAACAGCAAAGGGAAUGGGACCAACCAAAACUGGGCCUCUCUUUCUUCCGUAGCCCCAUAGUAGACUCUAUGGUAUUUAAGAUGUGGCAACUUUGGUAGAAGGAAAGGUUUUAACUCUCUGAUCUCCCCCAUAGAGCAAUUUAUAAUAUUAGCACCUGUACAUUCAUGGGAGAAAUAGUGGUGAAAUUUUUCCCUUAAAGCGCAGGAUUUGAAGCGGUAUCAGUAGUUGAGAUGUGCAAGUUUCUGUCAAUUUGAUUUCUGUCUGAUUCAACCAAAUCGAAUUCCCAUUUCAGACCCAAAUUGAUUUUACCUGAUUCAAAAGUGCUUCAAUUUUCUUGGAAAACUGUGGAAGACAUUCUAGUCUCUCUGAUUCUGUAGAAUUGAUUCGCACAUGUCCACUCUGUAGCCUGAAGAUUAAAUGACAGCAUCCUCUAAUGCCCCAGUUACAAAAGGUGGUGGUGCCAUAUGGUGAGACAACCAUCAGACUGCGGCUGAUUGCGCAGCAGAGGUUGCACCAGGAGUGGUGUAGCAGAAGUUGCCCUAGACGUGAUGUGCAGCAGAAGUUGCCCUAGACGUGAUAUGCAGCAGAAGUUGCCCUAGACGUGAUGUGCAGCAGAAGUUGCCCUAGACGUGAUGUGCAGCAGAAGUUGCCCUAGACGUGAUGUGCAGCAGAAGUUGCCCUAGACGUGAUGUGCAGCAGAAGUUGCCCUAGACGUGAUGUGCAGCAGAAGUUGCCCUAGACGUGAUGUGCAGCAGAAGUUGCCCUAGACGUGAUGUGCAGCAGAAGUUGCCCUAGACGUGAUGUGCAGCAGAAGUUGCCCUAGACGUGAUGUGCAGCAGAAGUUGCCCUAGACGUGAUGUGCAGCAGAAGUUGCCCUAGACGUGAUGUGCAGCAGAAGUUGCCCUAGACGUGAUGUGCAGCAGAAGUUGCCCUAGACGUGAUGUGCAGCAGAAGUUGCCCUAGACGUGAUGUGCAGCAGAAGUUGCCCUAGACGUGAUGUGCAGCAGAAGUUGCCCUAGAUGUGAUGUGCAGCAGAGGUUGCUCCAGAAGUUAUCUCACAACAAGGGCCUUAUCAUAAAUUUGUUGUUGGAAGUUCAUAAUGCUUUUCAUAGAAUGAACUAUUGCAACUUCGACACCCAACGCGUACAACACUCUGUUAAUAAUGUGCUAUGUCUGCAGCAUCAUGGCCAGUCUGAGCUUUCUUUGAGUUAUUGUCAUCACAUUCAUUGAGCCAAAAAUAUGAGAUUGAGUAACAUUGGGCAAUAAGCUUCAGUCUGUUUAUAGAGGACUCUGUAAAUUUUAAUACGAUUAGAGAUUAGAUUAGAGCCAAUCGAUUUGUAAAAAUUGAUUAAUCUCGUCAAGCAGAGUUCUGCACGAAGUUGAGGACACUCGCCCUGCUGCUUGAUUGACAGGGCCGAACAUCUCGGCUGGCCCUGAAAAUCUCACGCCUGCACCAUUGCUCCGAGUACACUUCUGGGUACCAGUGCAUGAACAUUCACUGCUCCAGUAGCAGAAGCAGAGCCUGUGCACUGAGAUAUCCAACUCUGUCAUUCAAGCGGCAGGGGAAGGCGUCCUUGGCUUCGGGUGCAGAACUAUGCUUGAUGAGACGAAUCAUUUACAAAUGUAUUUGCUCUUCUCACAAUAAUUUUUUUUCUAUUUUAGUAGAAAUCCUGGUUGUAAAGUUUCUAAAUCCCCGUGGUCUUAUCAUAAAUGAGUACAGUUAGACCCAGUGCUUUGGAGGAAGCCCUCUAGUGGUUGCUCUCUGCAAUUUAAGACAAAAUAAGUCCUAUUUUUACUGUAUACUGCAACUUUAUUAAUAAUGAGCACUUCUGAGUUCGUUAUUGAUUGUUAUAAAAUGCCUGAUUUAGCUUUUGGUUUCUAUAGAAGAUAUAUUGAUUUUUCUUUUUUUAAAUACUUCUGGAUGAAUUACACUUGUGAGCCGGAUAACAUUUUCUUCAUGUAAGAGUUAGGUUACUGUUUCUUUUAAGUAUUUGUAUAUGCAUUUAUUAGAGAAGGGAUUUGAUGCCUUUAUUUUAUCGUUGACACCUGUGUUCUAUGUCUAAAAUAUGGUAAAUUAGGAUUAUUGUCAUGCAGGUAACUUUGGUUUCUUGGGUGAACGGAAGGUGUAGUAUUUUUUGGACUUGGGAACAUAUGGUACAGUGGAUUAGAGGACAUAGUUGUACAUUCAUUAGGAUAUUUGCUAUACAUUGGGUAAAAGUUUCUUAGAUUUGAAAUAUUUUGGGUACUACAGCCUAUUUACCAUGACAAAGACAUCCUGAGGAUGGUAUUCUCAUAGAAUAAGGUUAAGGCUACACAGGCAAUUUGGUCAUUGCAACCUAUAGAUAACCCAAAGCAUCCUAGACAUUAGUGAAGUGGUGCAAUGUAACACCAGACUGCUAGAUGAUGAUGGAAACGGAUCCAUUAGUAAAUAUCAGUUAGCACAGUUCAGAGCCGUUUCAGGUCGGCUUCAUCCACAGUCAUUGCGCUCAGCAUCGCUUCUUCGUAGAAGGGAAACUUUUGCAUUGAAGCCUAGGAGUUUCAAGUUAAGAACAAAUGUCUUGCACUUCAUUGGUAUCAUACAUGAUAUCUGUAUCGGUGGCCACCCAUGCACCAUCAUUUUAGAUUUAUAAUCCACCAUUGGUGUCAUAUCUGGAAUCUACCUAUUGAUGGCCACUCACACAUGUCAACUUUCAGAACAACAUUGAUACCGUAAUUACAAGUCCACCUAAGGCUGGGUUCACAUCACCCAUUGGAAAAUCUGAAAGCCUGCUGCAGCAGAAGAGCAGACUACCGGAGUCACCGUAAAUAUCCGGAAUAGCCCUCAUUCACUAUAAUGGGAUCCUGCAUGAAUGCCAUCUGCCAGAAAAAAACUCUACAUUCAGUGGUAUUUCUUUAUCAGAAAGACGGUAUUUAUGGUUGAAACCCGCUGGAUCCCAGUGCAUUCUUAUUUCAGUUUUCUUUACAAAUUUGAAAACCCCCCCACAGCUACCUUAGUAGUCACAUACUGCAGUUGUAGAAGGUGCCCACAGACCGAAUAGUAACCUGGCUCUUACUAUACUCUUACUAUAUUCACAUCACCUAGUCUAUUAGAAAGACGACGGCAUUUUUAUAACGUCCGAAAUCACUUUUUGCAAUUGUAGAGCUGCAUAUUUUUUUAGUAAAUUGUAUAUUUAUAUACCGGUAUAUCUUAUGCUUUAAUUAAAAAAAAAGAAAACCUAUAAACUAGGCUAUGGCUUUAAUGAUAUAUAACACACAAGGGAAUUUGCAGGGCUUAUAUCAGCCAUGUAUGUAUCUUUAUCUAGUAACCAGUAUUUCAUUCUAGGUAGCCAUUGUUAACAUUUUAUGUCGCGUGUUAUUUGCUCUAUGGUUUUUGUUAAGUCAGUGUUUAAAAUUCGCUUCACUACAAAAAAAUAAAAAUCGAUAUAAAGGAUAUGUGCAAUAUAUGGAAUAUGAGUACAGGCUUCUCAUCCAGGACCUUUGUUGUUACUGAGGUUUUUGAUGAAAGGAGGACUACCUGAUGAUCUAUAACAAACCCCCAUAUCUGUGUUUUGAAGGCUUAUUCUUGUGUCUGGUUAUAUAUCCUGGAUCCCUGUGAUAACACUUCCUGUCACUGGCCUUUGAAGGUCAGAUGGAUCCCAGUUGGAAUCCAGCUUUAUUUUUCCAAAAAUAAAAGGGGGAAAAAAGCUGAUUUGUUUCCGUGUCUCUUGACUGAUGUUACCGAGAUGUCACAGCUCAGGGCAGGAAGUGUCAUUGGGAUUCAAGCAGAGCAGGGAUGCCCAACCUGCGGCCCUCCAGCUGUUGUAAAACGACAACUCCCAUAAUGUCCUGCUGUAGACUGAUAGCUGUGUGCUGUCCAGGCAUGCUGGGAGUUGUAGUUUUAAAAAAUCUGGAGGGCCGCAGGUUGGGCAUCCCUGAAGCAGAGGAAUCACUUUCUUGAAGGGGCUGUCCGGUUUCAGAAGGAAAACUGACAAAACAGAAGUGAUAAUUUCUUACCUGGCACAUCACCGCUCUGGUUCUACCAGCCGUGACCUGUUUACUGGGCUGCAGCAGUGAAAUCAGGUCUACAACGCAUGACCACUGCAGCUAAUUACUGCGCCAAAGAGACCAAUGGCUGGCUGCAGUGGUCACGUGAUGUCACUGCUGCAGCCUUGUAAACAGAUCCUGGCUGAGAGAAUCGGCGUGGGAUCUUCCAGGUAAGUAACAAUCACUUAUUACAGGUGGAUCUCCUAUGUUUGGUUUCCUUCUGAAGUGGGACAACCCCUUUAACCUUCAACACCGGUAUAAAUCUAUGGGGUAGGUAGACAUUCUGGUAAUUCUUAGAGCAGAGAAUAUUGUGGAGCAUAUCUUUCCAAAGUAUGCUGCAAAGAGCAUGCUCACUCCUUUUAUCAACUUACCUCUUGGAGUGGUGUGCACAGUGUGAAAUUACCAUUGAUACCAUGCACUCAGGAAACGGUGAGCCAGACCAGUGUGUUUAACCCGGGUAGGUUUUCGGUGCUCAAAGUCGUGGAAGAGACAUUUGCAUUGUAUUUAGCCCCAUCUUUUCAGAGGGGAUCACAGUGCACAGUGAGACCUUCCAGUUGGUACUGUGUAAGUUAUAUUAGCUACCAAGUAAAAACUUAUUUUGAGGUAGUAGCUUCUUUUUCUUUUUUUGUUCUUUUUUAAAAGCUAGUUGCAGCGUUGCUACCUCAAUUCAGGGAAAACGCUUUGCAUGGAAAUAAAAUCUCAAGAUAAAAAAAUUAGAGCAUUAUUAUAUUUAUCAACUGGAGUUCUGCUGCUAGUCCUCUCAUUAUUUUUUUUUUCUUUUUAAAUAAGGGAUAUUUCAGUGCAUUAAAUAAAUAAAUAAAAUAAAGGCACUGCUCAGUCUUUCCACAAAAAAAACUGAUGAACUGUCAGGCAGCUGCCGUUUUUUUUUUUUUGUAUAUUGGUUGGUUAUAUUCAGAACAUAGUUAUGCAUUUCUCCCACGUACAGACAUUUUUUUUUUCAUAUUGCUUUUUUUAUGUGGCUGUUAUAUUAACAGCUAUUCAUGUUGUAAGUUUUUGUGUCAUUUUUUUUUUCAGCAGAACCUCCAUAUUUUUAAAAAAAAUAUUUGUAUUUUAUACAGUACAUCACCUUUUUGGUUAAUUUUUCGCCUAGAGGGAGACACAGAAUUCAGCACCUCGUCUCUGUGUUGUGUAUUUUUUUUUAAAGUCUUGCACUGGGCUGGUCCCAAAAAUUUUUUGUAUUAAUAUCGUAAGUGCAAUCCAGUUAAGCAGGUUUUAAUUUGAGUGCAGUUAAUAUUAGAUUUUAUGAAUAGCUUCACACUGGCUUUAACAAAUCUUAUCUUAAACAGCUUCAGCCACCACUGUCCUGAGUUGAGCUUCCUGUUGCUUCCAAGCCGCGGUGAUAACUAUUCAUACCUUUCCAUGGUAAUUGGACAUCUGAAUAAACUAAUACUAGACAAAUUGCUAAAGGAAGGGUAUAUCUAGUUAUGACUGCGGCAGUGAAAAUGCUAGUGUUAACGGAUAUAAAAACCCUUUAACACUGCAAAAGUUUAUGAGAGCCUCAAUAUGACAAAAAAAUUCAACUAAAAAAACAAGGCUAAACUGGAAUUAUCUGAAUAACUUUCCAAGAAAUGACCAUAAUUGGAGCAUAGUAAAAGAGGACUCUGUUCAAAGGUAUAUUCAGUUUUGUGUGUUAAGUCUAUUGUUUGCAAAGUUUCUUAAACUUCUGGGAGGUCUCUAAAGGCCACCAUACAUCUUGAGAUUUAGCCAUCUUUGCAGUAAUGUACGGUGGUCUCUCUAGAGGACUGAAGACUAAGAAAGUGGCAAUGACUCCUCAAUCCUGCUCCUUUUAAAACUAGCUUAGUAAUGUCCUUUAAAUGAAUGCUUCGAUUUAAUUUUCCGUGAAUUCUGCUUCAUGUAAUAUGUAGUAAUGCAAUCUAUAAGUGCACUGAAGAGGUGCAAGCAUGUUGUGAAUCAAAAGAGCAAUCCUUUAAACUGGGGUUGUAAAAGGUAGAAUGAACUUGAUCUUGAAUGCUAAUCUGUUUGUUUGUGUUGCUAUAUUUUAGAAAAGUGAUAUGCUUCAUUAGAGAAAAGGGUCUCCUUUUAUUCCCCGUAAAACGCACCACUCUUGUCCAUGGGUGGUGUAUUUCCUCUCAGCCCUAGAUAAGUGUGUGCAGCUGAUUGGUAACGCCAGGCAAAAUCCAGGUACAAGCAGACCCUUAUAGACUAAUCCUGGGCAAGCCUUUCAACCAAACCCAACAAUUCUAGGCACUGGAGGACUAGCGCAUCAACAAGAAUGCUUGAGCCUAAAUGCGGACCAGAUGUAUUAAGCUGUAUAAGUGCUAGGAGUAACUUCGUUCAAAGUGCAAGGGCAGUAAAUACUUGGGGAUUCACAAUUACAAUGUUCCAAAAGUACAAUGCUGUAGUUUAGCUUUCCCUGGACUAAUAGACUCUGCAAACUUUAAGUAUUUUCAUAAACCUUUUGAUUUCUUUGUGUUGCACUCCUGUUUGUGUUGCACAAGCAUUAAUUAUUCUAUCCAUGAUGGGCAUUUUCUGAUGCAGUCAUUUAUGAGGAGAGUUUUUUUUUUAUAACUAUAUUAAUUAUUUCUUCAACAGACCAGUUACAGUUGGACUAUCCUCUAAUUGGUCUCCAAUUGAAAGCAUUCAUUUCAUUGCUCUAGGGGGUGGUAAGAGCCAUAACAUGAAGAAUUCCUUUACUUAAAUGUAGUAAUAUGGCUUUACUGAUGAAACAAAAGAGGGCUGGAGAGUUUAUGAAAGAUGAAGAAUGUUGAGUUGUUGGUCAGUAAAGUUUCUGUAUGUGGUCGCAUGUUGCUGAGUGUUUCGUCCUGUGGAAUGUUAUAUUGAGGGAAUAACAGGACAUUUGAGAAAAGGGGCUAAGAGAAGUUGAUUGUGAAAGAUUCAGAAGGAACAUAAGAAAGUUGAAAUGUAGGUUUAAAAUUUGGGGAGAAUUGUUUACCCGUUUAGCAAAAGAAUUUAAUGUUUUUCUCAAAAGAAGGAAUGUCAGCUCUUAAGCAUAUAUGACUGUGUACUGUGAAACACGUAAGAUUUGGAGAAGGUUGGCCUUCUAGUGGAAGUGUUGAAGUGUUUAGAUGUUCUUUUAGCAAUAUUUUUCUGUGGUCGGUGUCGUCUGACGUUCUUAACACAGGAACUAACAGAUGGACCAACUGACCUUACAAAUAGUAGUAGACAUGAGACUUUAGAUCAGUGUUACCCAACCAAGAUUCCUUGAAACCAAGGUGUUUUUAGAACCUGUUAUGGGUUCCUCAGGAGAAGGCAACAGCUCUAAUUGUAUAGUGGGAAAAAGGUUGAGAAUUACUGUCUUAGAUGUCAGUGGGUUACUCUUGUUGACGAGGAUGAUUAGAACAUUGGAAAUCUUGGUAGAAAUGUGACUAAAUGGUUUUAAUUUUUUUGCAAUGUACCAACACAAUAUGUGACAACCAUCUGUCAGCUUGAUUAUUGAAAGCAUUACUAAUAAGUGGUAAUGUGUUGUACUGGUAUGUUACCUAAGAGGACUCCUACUGCAUUGCAACAAAAAUCUUUGCCCAAUGGAUGGUCUGAUGAUGAAUAUCGACUGAGAUUGUUGCUUCUCCUCAGACUUUAGUAUUCUUUUUGUGGCCUGAAAGAUAUUCCAUUAAUUUUGUAGGAAUUACUUAAACAUCAGGUAUUUUAAAUUGCCUGAUUUCUCAAAUACACACAUGCAAGUUCUGAACACAAGGUGCCUUUAUGAACUUAGGGAAGACAUAGUCAGGAAUCCUCAUUUGCGGGAAUAGUUUAGAGCCUUCAAGAGGAUGUCUGUGUUUGAUAAUGGAAUUUAGUUUUCAUGGUCCCCAACAGUAGCCUGAUCGUAAGGUGUCACAUUGCUGAGGCCACCAAAUAUUAGUAGUUUAUUGGCUUGAAUGUGGAACUUCUGUUAAGUCAGAAUUAUCUAAUGGGUUAUAUGAAAAUGGCGGUUCUAAACCUGACUGCCCAUUUAUCAGCUUAAAUCUAAAAUUUUUUUUUUUUUUAAACCUGUUUUAAUUAUUCCUUCAACACUGGUCCAUAUUUUUUUAAAGUUCCCCACACUUUUAGUAUAGCAGCCUAGCAGUUAGAUCAGUAUUUCAUUUGAUCUAAGGUCCUUUGUGUCAUAUGCUGAUCUCCAUCUGCAACGUUUAGUUGGUAUAAAGGGAACAAAUCAAUUGAAAUCUUUUAUGGCUAAUUUUACAUGAGGAGAUAUAUAGUUCUUGCAUCGGAUAACUUUUUAUCUGUAUAUUUAUUGAAAAAAAUCAUCACAUGUGAUCAUCUCCCAGUUUAAGUAUGCUUUAGACUAAGGAGGUGCUAAUGAUCUUAUAUAUUGUACUAUUUAUAUCUACAUGUAAGCAGCUUAACAUAUAUUCCAUUUCCGGCAAAGAGAAAAUAAGAAAAUCCCAAUUCUACUUAGGCAUGUAUGUAUUUAUUACUUUAUGGUAAUACAUUGCCCUGCCAAUUGUGGUCGUUAUGAACCCUACGAAUUGGAGAACUUGAAAACCGUAAGAUAGGAUUUGUCUUUUAUGUUUACAUUGCAUCUUUUAUUUCUUUUUGAAAAAUAAAAAUUUAGAUUUUUUUUGAAA